UCGCUGUAGUCAGAAUGCUUUCACAUUUAAUAAGAUUUGUGUACUAGAACAGUUUUGUGUCGUUAAUUAAGAAAACGUUUUGAUGUCGACAAAUGACAAUGGAUAAAAUGUCAAUAAAAACAUAUCCCAAGAAUGACGUCGUCAUUAAAGUUAAGAAUUUAAAUGUAUGGACACCAGAAGAGAAGUCUUGGUGGCGACGAAAAUCUUCCAAGCCAUCAGUAGUUGUUUUAGAUAACGUUUCAGUUUGUAUGAAAACAGGAGAGUUCGUUGCGGUAAUCGGACCGAGUGGUGCAGGCAAAACAACAUUUCUUAUGUCAAUGGCUGGAAAAUGUACCCUUCCAAAUAGCGGUAUCAUUAAAGUGAAUGGUAAAAACAUUAAAGAUGCACAGGGGUUGGUGGAUAUUGUACCGCAGUUCGAUGUUUUCAUGGACAGUCUUAGCGUUGAGGAACACUUGAUAUUUAUGACAGAAAUGAAAUUGGGCAGUGUUAGUAAACCGUCUAACAAAGAAAUGCUAAAAUCACUCAUCCACGAAUUUAAGCUGGAGACGCUAAGUCAUUCGCCAGUAAGUUCGCUAUCAGGCGGUGAACGAAGACUGCUAUCCUUAGCUACCUCGCUCUUAUCAAAUCCUCAAAUCUUAAUAUGCGAUGAACCUACGACCGGCCUUGACAGUUAUAACGCGGCUCUCGUGGUAGGAGUCCUGAAGGCAUUGUCAAUGAGUGGAAAGAUAGUGAUCUGUUCAGUACACCAACCUUCAUCAGAUCUGUUUAAGGAUUUUAAUUCCAUAUCAUUGAUGGCUGAAGGCAAAUUGUUGUUCCAUGGAACACAAGAGGAUUGUAAAAAAAAAUUUGAGAGGCUCAACCUGCGCUGCCCACAGAACUACAAUCCAGCGGAAUUUUAUAUCAAGGCCGUGUGCAUGGACUUGGGUAAUAAAAACUAUGGCCUGGAAAAUAACUGUGUGCCGGAUGAAGAUGAAACUGGUUCCGUAGCGACGCAGCAAGACUUGCACGGCACUCAAAGGAACUGGUUCAGACAAGUGCAGCUCUUAUUAUGGCGAUCGUCACUCGCCUUCAAGGGUAAUAUUAAGAACUAUUUUUUUCAGCUUUUCCUAAAUACAAUAAUAUCAUCACUUAUUAUAAACACAUGUUAUAUUGGUAUAUCUGGGACAACACAGAAAGGUGUUCAAGAUUUUAGAGGAUUUCUCUGGUUAAUUUGUUCUGAGGUUUCAUUUAGCGUCUCGUAUUGCGCUUUGUACGCUUUUGAAAGCGAUCUUACUUUGUUUAAAAGGGAAGUAGGCAUCUACAAGGCGUCCAGCUUCUAUGUUAGCAGAUUUUUAAGUUUGGUACCUCGAUGUAUAAUAUGGCCGAUCGUGUUCGUCACCAUAGCGACAUUAGCAGUGGAUCUGCCGAACCAUUUACUGACUGCGGUGAAAUUUACAAUUUCUCUAAUCGCGAUGGCCGUCGCUUCUACUGCCUAUGGUCUUGGCAUGGGAGCCCUUUUCAUUUCUACGGGUAUGAUGGGUGACGUGAUGCCCUGUGCAGACCUCCCUCUCUUCCUCAUGUCUGGUGCCUUUCUACGGAUAUCCUCCCUCCCGAUUUGGCUCUACCCGCUAAAGUUCUUCUCACACUUCUAUUACGGAUUGGAUGCCCUCAGCAAUCUGUACUGGCGUCAGAUUGAUUGGAUUGAAUGUUCUUCUAAUACAACAUCUAUAUGUCUAAACAACGGAGAGGCAGUUUUAUUGGAAAACGGAUACUCGAGUAACUUCAUACUUGAAGAUAGUACUGGAUUGUUAUUUGUUACUAUAAUAUGGAGCCUCUUGGGAUUUUACGGAUUAAAAAGAGAAGAAAAUAAAGGAUAUGCUUAUUGAUU